AUGUUGAAAAAAUUUGGACCAGGUAGCGAAUAUUACGCUGAAACAACAGAAUUAGAUUUAAAACGAUCAUAUAUUAAACAUGAACGACAAUCAUUACUUGAUUCUUCUCUUAUUCAAUUACCAAAAUCAAUGCAACAAAAUAAUGAAAUAUUAUUUAUGUCAUCUAUUGAAAAAGCUCGAAUGAGAAAUGAAGUUUUAUUAAAAUCUAUUCAAAAAUUAAAUAAUGAAAUUGAUAAACAUUUAAGACAACCAGAUAAUCAAAAAUUUGUUACAUUAAAAAAUAAUUAUUGGGAUAUGGUUAGUAAGUUAUUACCAGUAUGGGAACGUGAAUUAGUUGAAUAUGAAGAACGAAAACGACAUGAACAUGAAAAUAAUAUACAAGAUGUGUAA